GUAUGUCAUAGACUCACUUUCUCUGCCGUCACUACUCAUUGUACAUAAGCAUCACCUGUUUGGCUUCUGCCUGCUCAAGACUUAUCCUCUGCUACCAUUUCCCUCUUCCUCUCCUACCAUCCUACCUCCCUUCAUCAAGAACAUCUCCCUAGAACAUCUCCCUGCUGGCCGAUCCACCUGAUCCGCAAUGAGAGUUCUUUCGAUACUCUCGACGGCCGCCUUGGCCUCGGCCUUUGUCAUCCCAGACCAAGCGACUCUCGAAUCACUGUCCUUAGAGAAUCAGGAAGUUGAACAACCCCCUGAGCACCCCUUUUGGUACAAGGUUCACAAAGCCGAGUCGUUUUGGGAGGACCUCGAGGGAGAGUUCUUGAAAGCUGCACAUUGUGCAAAGCACAAGUUUGAAGAGGUGGUGGAAUCCACAGAAGAAGCUGCCAUCAAAUAUGGCGAACAGUUUCAAAAUGCCUUUGCAGGCGAUGCAUGGUUAGACAGUGCCGAGCAUGAUCUCGACCUGCUUGAGCAUCCUCCUCAUCAUGGGCCCCCCCAUCACCGUCCCGGCAAGCCGGGCAAGAAGCCCAAGAAGCCAGACCAUCCUCACCAUGGACCACCCAACGAGACUGUCUAUCAGUUGAUCUCCAAGAGCAAAUAUACCACCAAGCUUGCUGCAGCUAUCGAUGAGUUCCCGGACUUGGUUGAGCUUCUCAACGGAACCAAGGCAAACUAUACUCUCUUUGCACCUACGGACCAUGCCUUUGAAAAGAUCCCGAAACAUGCACCGAAGCCACCGAAGGAGUUCCUCAGGAAGCUUUUGACAUACCACAUCUCCGAAGAGUUCUACCCUGCAGGUCGUGUUUUGGUCAGCCGCACCAUUCCAACCGCUCUCCAGGCUGAAUACAUUGGCGACGUCCCGCAGCGGAUUUCUAGCCAAGUAUCACUGAGAGGCUUGACCCUCAACUUCUAUGCCCGAGUUGUGGCGAUUGAUAUUUUUGGUACUAAUGGUGUUAUCCAUGGCCUCGACAGCUUCCUUUUCCCGCCGCCAAAAGUUGUCGAUAUCCUGUCUGCACUUCCUGGCGAGUUCAGCACCUUGGAUCUAGCUCUUGAGAAGACCGGCCUAUAUCCUGCCUUCAAUGACACUUCAAGCCAUAAGGGUGGUACCUUGUUCGCCCCAUCUAAUUUCGCUUUCAAGAGACUCGGACCAAAGAUCAAUGCUUUCCUGUUCAGCAGGUUCGGUCUGAAGUAUCUUAAGGCUCUGUUGCUGUACCAUGCAGCCGAUGACAUUACUUUAUAUUCUGAUGCGAUCUAUAAGCUUGGUUCCGAGUCACACCCUCCACAUCACAAGGUUCCAAAAGGAUUCAUUCAUGUUGACCUGCCCACUGGUCUCGAGGAUAAGAGCUUGAGCAUCGACAUUGCACGUUACGGCCGACUCAUCACCAUGAAGAUCAAUGGAUUCACUCGAGUAAGCGUCCUUGAUGGCAUUGCCGCUGACGGUGUCAUGCAUGUGGUGCCUGUGGUGCUGAUUCCUCCGAAAACUCCUGGUGCUCCAUCCGUUGCCGAGGACAACAUGGAUCUGGAAGAGUUCAAGGCCAGACUGGCACCUUUUGUCGAGGAUGAGGAGCCGAGACACACUUCAUUCUUUAUCGCUGAAGACCCCGAGCUAUAAAAGGGCCACCGCAGCCUGCACAAAUUGAAGUGUGCCCAGUAGGGCGCAUAUGAGAAACUUUGUAUUUAGCGAUGUGUUAUGACGACCUGACGAUCCUUACUGAUGUUUUUAUGCUUAUGGCCUUGGUGUCAAUGGUUGAUUAAUACAAAAUGAAAAUAUGCCAUUUGUCAUCGAA